UAUUGUUAAACCAAGCUGUAAAUCCGUGACAGAGACGAAAGAUUUUGUAGACUGUAGAUAGAAAGAGUGAGAGAGGGAGGCGGGGGAAUAACCGUAGUGAGAUUAUUUUUUAUUGACGCGCCCGGUGCGUAUGUUUGCGCGUGUCAAUCCUGUAACUCAAUCAUGUUGUCGGGCUGGUAAAACUAGAAGACCGCGAGUGCAAAGCUUACACGCUCCCGACUACCCACAGCACUGUGCUGCCACCGUGCCGGUUCAUGCAAUAAAUCUAUAAACUGUCUGACUCCGAAGGCUGAAAGUAUUGGGCACAAGGAUUCUACUAAAUCGUCAACAACGAACUGGUUUAAAACACGCAAAAAACUUUAUUCCACGAUAGUAGCGAGAGCAAUUUAUGCAAUUGUCCAGGUCUACAACGGAAGAAGAUGCGUUUAUGUUGCUGCCAUACGCAGGGAUCCAACUGCCACUAAAAUACAGAAAAGUAAAUGGAAGAUACUCGGACAAUGAGCUACCUUGAAAGUGAGGAAGAGGAAGACUUGCCCUUCGUCAUCAUCAACAGUGCCAGGCAGCGGAGAAAAAGCACACAUAUUCCAUCUAGAAUGGCUUACAUGUGCUUCUGAGAGAGAGAGAGAGAGAGAGAGAGGAAGAGAGGAAGCAGCUGUUAAGAUAUCUAUAGUUUCUCUUCAGCUGACUCAAGUAGGCUGAACAGGACUGGGAAGCCAUGCUGCAGCUGACUCUGUGCUCGCCCCCAACCUCCCACUGCUAGAGCACACCCCACACUUUGUGAAGCCACCCCCAGUGGGGUGAAGAGAGACAGGGAGACCCAUGCAGGCUCGCAAGAAGUAUGUCCUCCUUGCCCUGUGUACUUGCUGCUGGCUGCUUGUCUUCUACUGGGGUGGGGUCCAGGUGCGUCUCCUCAAACUGCUGGCCCGGCAGCGGGGCGAGGAGUUGCGGCUGUGGCCUGACUGGGUGGACCGGGGAACGCUGCUGGGCUACGCGGAGCUGGAGGAGCUGCAGGCGGGCGAGGGCGCGGGGGAGUCGCCGCGGCAACGGCGGCAGUCGUGGUCGGGCAUCUACAAGGACAGCCGCUGCCGAAUGGAGACCUGUUUCGACUUCUCGCGGUGCCGCGGGCGCGACGGCUUCCGGGUCUAUGUUUACCCGGGCGAGAAGGGCGAGAGGGUGUCCGAGAGCUACCGCAAGAUCGUGGCGUCCAUCGGCGAGUCGCGGUACUACACCGCCGACCCCCGCGAGGCCUGCCUGUUCGUGCUGAGCAUCGACACGCUCGACCGCGACCAGCUCUCCGCCCAGUACGUGCCCAACGUGGACGAGCGCAUCCGAGGGUACCCGCUCUGGAACGACGGCCGCAACCACCUCAUCUUCAACCUGUACUCGGGCACCUGGCCCAACUACACGGAGGACCUGGGCUUCAACAUCGGCCAGGCCAUCCUCGCCAAAGCCAGCCUCAACGUGGAGCACUUCCGUCCCGGCUUCGACGUCUCCAUCCCUCUCUUUUCCAAAGAGCAUCCCCAGAAAGGCGGGGAGCGGGGAUGGCUGGUGAGGAACACUGUACCUCCACGCAGGAAGUAUCUGCUGAUGUUUAAGGGGAAGCGAUACCUCACGGGCAUCGGGUCGGACACCCGCAACGCCCUGCACCACAUCCACAACGGCAAGGACAUUGUGUCACUAACCACCUGUCGUCACGGCAAGGACUGGGAGAAACACAAGGAUGCACGAUGCGACCAUGACAACCUGGAGUAUGAGAGGUACGACUAUCAGGAGCUGCUCCACAACUCAACCUUCUGCCUUGUUCCUCGGGGCCGGCGCCUGGGAUCCUUCCGCUUCCUGGAGUCCCUGCAGGCGGCUUGCAUCCCAGUGUUGCUAAGUAACGGCUGGGAGCUGCCCUUCUCUGAUGUUAUCCAGUGGAGCCAGGCUGUCAUUGAGGGAGACGAGAGACUGCUGCUGCAGGUCCCAUCUACAGUGCGGGCAGUGGACAAUGAGAGAGUGCUGGCUUUGAGGCAGCGCACACAAAUGCUGUGGGACGCUUACUUCUCCUCCGUCGACAAGAUCGUGCUCACCACACUGGAGAUCAUUAAAGACAGGGUGUUCUCGCAUGUGUCCCGGAACAAGCUUAUGUGGAACGCCCUACCAGGUGGCCUGCUGGUGCUUCCAGAGUACUCCACCCACUUGGCACACUUCCCCUUCUACUACCUGAGCCAAGGGAUCAGCCCUGGCCAAGAGUUCACUGCAGUCAUCCAUGCUGUGUCCCCAUUAGUCUCCCAGUCCCAGCCAAUCAUGAAGCUCCUACAGGUGGUGUCCAAGUCCAAGUAUUGCUCACAGAUUAUCAUCCUAUGGAACAGCGAGAAGCCGCCUCCCCCCAAGAGCAAAUGGCCGCCGAUGCCAGUGCCUCUGACUGUGACCGACGGGAGGAAGAAGACCACCAGCCGCUUCAUGCCUCAUGUUUCCAUAGAAACCGAGGGAGUGCUUAGCCUGGAUGAGGACACAGUUCUGCUGACUAGUGAGGUGAACUUUGCCUUCCUGGUUUGGCGCAGUUUUCCUGAGAGAAUUGUUGGGUACCCGCCACGGAGCCACUUCUGGGACCCCGUAAAGCAGGUCUGGGGGUACACCUCCAAGUGGACAAAUGAGUACUCCAUCGUUCUGACCGGAGCUGCCUUCUACCACAGGUAUUAUCAUCACCUCUUCUCCCAGUACCUGCCCCCUUCGCUCCGUGCCAUGGUGGAUCGCACCUCCAACUGUGAGGAUAUCCUGAUGAACUUCUUAGUGUCGUCCGUUACUCACUUGCCACCAAUCAAAGUGGCCCAGAGGAAACAGUAUAAAGAACUGCCCAACCUACAGGGAGUAAAGGGCGCCCCCUGGUCAAACCCAGAGCACUUUACUCAGAGGCAGGAGUGUGUGAACGCCUUCGCCAGCUGGUUCGGCUACAUGCCGCUGGUUCAUUCCCAGUUCCGCCUCGACCCCUUGCUCUUCAAGGACCAGGUGUCUGUCCUGCGCAAGAAAUACAAAGACCUGGAGCGUGCCUGAGACCAAAGUACGAACAGCCUGGGCUGUGGUACGGACGGACAGACAAACGGACAAACCCUGCAAGAGAGUCCAGCACAGGCGUGCAAAAGACGAGAACGCAGGACCAAUCCAUGCACCCCCCCCCCUCCCCCGAGUGCCUAAAAGGAGAUGGGAUUGGAGGAGGAAGAGUGGGAGGAGUCCACAUCUCCCUCCUGAUUGGACAGUGCUAUGAACAAGUCACAUGUGGGCCAAAAAUGGACACUGGACCUCUGCUGCUGCCAAAUGUGAGGAGAGCAUCCACUAGCUGCUGCAGCCAGCCCAUAACGGGACAGUCCACUUACCGUUAAUGCAUCUCUGUACAGUGACACAGAUGAAGCGCUGUCUGACUGUAGGAGAUGGGGGCUGCAGCUAGACCCUGAGCACACACGUACACACACGUACACACACACACACACACACAGGUACACACACAGGCGGCGCUACAGGAGCGCUGCUGUUGUCCUAGGGGUGGGGGGACUGAGACCCAGAGCAGCAGGUACAGGCCGUGCUUGCUGCUGCUCCCUAUCAGUGUUGGGAACUAGAGGAACACUCUUCGCCCCGGACACAGUGUGGGAAAACCCGCCGUGUUUCAGGCACCAGAACCAGAACAGAGGCUUCCCCUACCCCCCCCCCCCCCCCCUCCGGGCCCCGAAACCUGCU